GGUCCCGUACAGCCGGCCCUGGGCAAGCCCGGCGCGCCGAGCAGCAGCGUUUAUGAGAUGGAGCCUUGUGGGGGCCACAGACCUCACCCCGGGAGCUGCCAUAUAAACUCCAGGGCAGGGUCUGGGGUGCCUCGUCAGCUUCCCUAAGGCUUCCUGCUGAGAUGGCACUCCCCGGCGGCUGACUUGAAAGCGGCCUCAUAAAAGGGGGGGCCCCGCGUCAUGAGGGUGAUGAACCAGUCGGCGCUUGGAGAUCCGCGAGGGAUGAAAGGCGCGGGGUGAAGACGCCCUGCGUUCCCUGGCUUGGCUGGGCAGGGCCUCCAGGGACCCAGGAAAGCUGAGAAAACUGGGCUCACAGUGUAUUGCCCUUCCCGAGAAGAGGCGGCGACACACUUGAAGAAGGGCAAAGUGGCGCCCCCUACGCACAGAAACCGUCCCUGGGCCCCGGCCCCGGCGCGGAGACCACCGUGGACCUCCGGGAGCGGGAGGCCGCUCUGGCCCCCGGCGGAGCCUCUCGUUGGUAGACGGGCCCGAGGGAGCCCCUCUGGGCGCAGCUCCGCGGAGCCGCUCUAUGCUCCGACCGGAAGUGCUCUUCACCGCCGGUCUCCCACCCGGCUCUCUGGUCCCGGCGGUAAGAUGGCGGCUGCCGCUGAGUGCGAUGUGGUAAUGGCGGCGACCGAGCCGGAGCUGCUGGACGACGAGGAAGCCAAGAGAGAAGCAGAGUCUUUCAAGGAACAAGGAAAUGCAUACUAUGCCAAGAAGGAUUAUAAUGAGGCUUAUAACUACUAUACAAAAGCCAUAGAUAUGUGUCCUAAGAACGCCAGCUAUUAUGGCAACCGAGCAGCGACGUUGAUGAUGCUCGGGAGGUUCCGGGAAGCUCUUGGAGAUGCCCAGCAGUCAGUGCGGCUGGAUGACAGCUUCGUCCGGGGUCAUCUACGAGAAGGCAAGUGUCACCUCUCACUAGGAAAUGCCAUGGCAGCAUGUCGCAGUUUCCAGAGAGCCCUAGAACUGGAUCACAAAAACGCACAAGCACAGCAGGAGUUCAAAAAUGCUAACGCAGUCAUGGAAUAUGAGAAGAUAGCUGAAAUGGAUUUCGAGAAGCGGGACUUUCGGAAGGUGGUUUUCUGCAUGGACCGCGCCCUGGAAUUUGCCCCUGCCUGCCAUCGCUUCAAAAUCCUCAAAGCAGAAUGUUUAGCAAUGCUGGGUCGCUAUCCAGAAGCGCAGUCCGUGGCCAGUGACAUUUUACGAGUAGAUUCCACCAACGCGGAUGCGCUCUAUGUUCGUGGUCUUUGCCUUUAUUAUGAAGAUUGCAUUGAGAAGGCGGUUCAGUUUUUUGUGCAGGCUCUCAGGAUGGCUCCUGACCACGAGAAAGCCUGCAUUGCCUGCAGAAAUGCCAAAGCUCUUAAAGCAAAGAAAGAAGAUGGGAAUAAAGCAUUUAAGGAAGGAAAUUACAAGCUAGCACAUGAACUGUACACAGAAGCCCUGGGGAUAGACCCCAACAAUAUCAAAACAAAUGCUAAACUCUACUGUAAUCGGGGUACAGUUAAUUCCAAGCUUAGGAAACUAGAUGAUGCAAUAGAAGACUGCACAAAUGCAGUGAAGCUCGACGACACUUACAUAAAAGCCUACUUGAGAAGAGCUCAGUGUUACACAGACACGGAACAGUACGAGGAAGCAGUUCGGGACUACGAGAAGGUGUACCAGACGGAAAAAACAAAAGAACACAAACAGCUCCUCAAAAAUGCACAGAUGGAAUUGAAGAGGAGUAAGAGGAAAGAUUACUACAAGAUUUUGGGCGUGGACAAGAACGCUUCUGAGGAUGAAAUCAAGAAAGCUUACCGGAAGCGGGCUUUGAUGCACCAUCCAGAUCGGCACAGUGGAGCCAGUGCUGAGGUCCAGAAAGAAGAGGAGAAAAAGUUUAAGGAAGUUGGAGAGGCCUUCACCAUCCUCUCUGAUCCCAAGAAAAAGACGCGCUAUGACAGCGGCCAGGACCUGGAUGAGGAGGGCAUGAACAUGGCUGACUUCGACGCGAACAACAUCUUCAAGGCGUUCUUCGGAGGCCCUGGGGGCUUCAGCUUUGAAGCGUCCGGCCCGGGAAAUUUCUUUUUUCAGUUUGGCUAAUGAAGGGCAGCCACCCCAAACCCAGAAGAUGCGGACUCGCUCAGUUUAAUCUUGAAUGUGGACAUACUUCACCUCCUCCCUUCAUCAUGUCUCCGUGUACUUAGAGCAGUUUGGUUUUCACACUUGGAUCCCAUGUCUGUGUGAUUCGGUGAAGAAAAAGGAGCCAGCGCCGAAGACUAUGGGGAGGGGAGGGAGGCAGGCGUGGACAGGGAGGCAGCUUGUGAAUUUUUGUUUUACUGUCUAACUUUAUUAAAAAAGAAGAGAAUAAAAUGUUUUGACCCUC